AUGGCGCGUGCGCGUGGAGGACUGCACAAGGUACCAGCCGCUUCCACACCACGACGGUCCACCCGCCGUACAAGCGCAUUGAAGGAUGGCGAGGAUGUCCCUAGUGUCUAUCAAGAAUUGCUGGCAGAAGCCGCAGCGGAUGAGGCCCGCCCGCUCAAGAAGCGCAAGACACGGCAUGAUGUUGGGACGGUACCCGCGCCCGUUGCUGUACCACCGCAAAGAGAGCCGUCCACACCAGAGCCUAAAGCCCCAUCGCAAGCGCAGUCACAGAAGCUGUCACCUCUGCGCCCUGCACCUCUAGUCAGAUCACCACCGCCAAGCGCACGCGAUGAGCGUAACGACGUGCAAAGUCCGCCUCGUAGUCGGCAAACAAUCGUUGACUCCGAUGAAUCGGACGGCAGUGAUAUGGAAUGGGAGGAUGCUCUGGUAGAUGGCGUGGACUCUGAUGCUCAUGAUGAGCCCGUCAUAGGCGACAUCUCGAUAACUAUCGGAGGCCAAGACGAUUAUCAAGAAAGCAAGACCAAGCGACAGGUACGAAGAAGAGCGAUAACAGCUGUGGACAAGAAGAAAAGGCUGGACAUACACAAAUGGCACAUCAUGUGUCUACUGUACCAUGUUCACCGUCGAAACGCUUGGUGCAACGACCGCAUCGUCCAAGCAACCGUGCGAAACAUUCUGCCUGCUAAGGUACUUGCGAAUCUCGUACCGGACCCUAAUUUAUCGCAGUUUCAAGCGUCGAAACAGUUCUUAGCAGGUAUCGGUGACCUGAAGAUGUUGUGGUCGAAGCGCUUCACGGCGACCGCACAGGGCAUGUGCAAACCACGGUGGGCGGAUACGGACGCUGAGAUCCGCCCUUCAUCUGAUUUCGACGAGCUUGACGAUCCCAUGGACCUCGAAGAUUUCCGUGCCGCUGCGUCGAAACUCGAAGGGUCUCAAGACGUUGGCGCACAACUCUUUUGCGCUCUGAUACGUGGUGUUGGACUUGAAGCUCGGCUCGUUUGCUCGUUGCAGUGUCUUCCCUUUGCUUCGGCAGCGCAACCUUCUACUCCGCAAAAGCCAGACACGAAGAAGACCACCAUCACGUUGGACCCGUACAACACGCAAAGUCCAAGUCCACCAAAGCCAAAGGCCACAGCUUCUUCGCGCAAACCGAAGUCGCGGCUCGAAAGAGCUCUUGGUGAGCGACAUCCUGCACUCAGCGGCGGUGUUGCUCCUAAGCAGAGGAAGAAGUACCACACGGCAUACCCUGUCUACUGGGUAGAGGUCUUCAACAGCAUACAUCAGAAAUGGGUUCCCGUUGAUCCUCUGUCAACGUUCACGAUCAAUCAGCCUGAAAAACUAGAGCCUCCACUAAAUUCAGCGCAGAACACCUUGACCUAUGCCAUCGCGUUUGAAGAUGAUUACACUGCCAAAGACGUGACGAGGCGAUAUGCCAAAGCGUACAAUGCAAAAACACGAAAGUUCAGGGUAGAAAAUACUCCUCGUGGCGAAAGCUGGUGGGGUCAAGUAAUUAGCUUCUGGAAGCGUAAGCAUGAUCUGGAUCGAGAUCAAGUUGAAGAUGCGGCACUUGCUCGGAAAGUAGCUGGUGAAGGUAUCCCCAAGAACGUGCAAGACUUCAAGGAUCAUCCAGUGUAUGUGCUUGAGCGACAUCUGCGGCAUAAUGAGGUGAUCUACCCGCUCAAUCAAGCUGGCAAAGUCAACGUGGGCUCAUCUUUUCAUCCGAAAAUGGAGCCAAUCUACCGUCGCAAGGACGUCCAUCUUGUACGAAGCGCCGACAAAUGGUACCGCCUGGGAAGAGAUGUGCAAGACGGUGAACAACCGUUGAAGCAUGCGAAGCCGAAGAAAGGCAGACGUCUAUCGAUUGGACCAGAUAUGGACAUGCAAGACCAUGAAGACGAGAUCGGCGUUGGACUCUAUGCAGAGUAUCAGACAACGCUUUAUAUCCCGCCUCCUGUGGUUCGUGGACGCGUUCCCAGGAAUGCGUAUGGCAACCUGGACCUCUAUGUGCCCUCCAUGUGUCCUCCUGGUGGUCGACAUAUUCGCCAUAAAUUGGCUUCGAAAGCUGCUCGCAUUGUUGGCGUAGACUACGCUGAAGCAGUUACUGGAUUCAAAUUCAAAGGGCGUCAUGGUACAGCUGUCGUACAGGGUAUAGUGGUUGCUCAGGAGUAUGCAGAAGCAGUCGAAGCAGCCAUUGAUGGCAUGGAGUACUCCGUUAAGUUAGCCGAAGAGCAGAACCGAACAGCCGAAGCCUUGCGUCUGUGGAGGCGCUUCUUCCUUGGCCUCAAGAUUGUACAGAGAAUAAACCGCGAUUAUGGCGGAGAAAAUCCGAAUGUCGACAUCAAUGACGUAGUACAGCAGCAAGACAGACAACUGCAGGAAGAGGCAUUUGCUGGCGGCUUCUUUCCGGACGAAGGUAACUCUAUGGACCCUCCUGCACGAAACUACGAGCCUUCACCUCAGCCUAAGGAAUACGCUGGUGGCUUUGAUGGUGGUUUUGAUCGCGAGGAUGACGAAGACACGAGUGGUGGCUUCGUUCCAGACGGUGCCGAAAACAGCAACCGAGGGCUUCAAAGGGAGGAGUCGGAGAACUUCGGCAGUGUUAUCCUUUCACAGCAGCAGCUUCUACCUAGACGGCAGAGCAGCUACCUGGUGCUAGAGGAUGAGGACGAUGACAGCGGUGGAUUCCUGCGCGAAUCACCCCCACCGAGAGGACACAAAUCGACGCGCAACGCAGAUCACGGAGUUGGGGUCUUUGAACCAGACGAUCCCGUUAAUUUGGAUGGGGGCUUCUUGCCUGAUGUACACGUCGAAAGACCUGAGGUGGAGCUCCCUUCUCGACAAGUCGAGCCACAGCCAGUUGAGCCAGAUGUACACACAGAGCCGGAAAGGCCUGAGCUGACUGUGAUUGAGGCGAGUGGCACACAGUCUGUCGUUGACGAGACUGGAACUGUGGUGAAGCUCGCAGAUCCGGUAUUGCCGUCGUCUUCGCCGUCAGAUGUGGGAUCAUUACCGCUGGAAGAUCCGGAGGAUGAAGAUGCUGAGCCGGAUUGGUUGAUGGACGCUACGUGA